AUGGGCGAUACGGAGCAGGUCCGCGUCGCGAUCGACCUCUCGUCCGACGGGGCCAGGGUUCAGAUCGAUGCCGAAGGGGGGGAUGGGCGCCGGAGUUUAGGUACCGGGCCGGUCUUGGGGGAUCGCGAUGCCGUGGCAGGGCCGGAGGCCCGGGGACCGUCUCCGGGCGAUGGCGAUCAGAGCCCAGUGGGCGACGACGGGCAUGAGACGAGCAGCAGCAGCUACGUGGUGGUGGAAUCCGGCGGGAAGGAUGGUGACAGCCCGGUGUGGAGGCGUGAUGCGGAAGGAGGCAUGGGCGAGGAAGCAUGGGGGAGGAGGCAUGGGGAAGGAGUCGCGGGCGCGGGCGAGGGGGAGGCGCCUGUGAUCACGCGGAUUGAGCUCUCCAGCGUGCACCUGUCUGAUGAUGCGGGCAGCAGGUCGGACGAGAUGAGCCCCGGCUGGGUGGAUCCCCAGGCGGUAAGGGCGCGGGGGGAUGGGGUGGCUUUUGCUGGAUCGGCGGCGCCGGCUUCGGCCGGGAUGGCGCUGAAGGUCGAGCGGGGGGGGGACGAGGCCCUGCGGGUGGCCACGGACGCGCUGCAGGAGGCGGAGAUGCGGAACAGCCUGCGGCACGAGCGGUCGAGGUCUAGGUCGUCCAGCCGGUCGUUCACGGGGUCGGUGGAGGGCGGGGAGGGCGGCGCCCCUGCGGGGGGUGAGGGGGCAGCGCCCCAGGGCCUGGCGGAGAUCCCGCUGAUCAGCCAGGCCGGCCAGCCGUUCGAGGGCCUGCUGCACUGCGACACCACGGACAGCGCGGGCCACCCGGUGGUGGUGGUGAACACGGGCGCGCUGCCGCGGGUGCCCUUCGGCGCCGUGAGGGCGCGCACGGCGGCGCUGAACUACAUACGGGACGCGCUGGAGCCGGUGGUGGAGAGGGGACCCUACGUGCUGAUCUUCACGUCGUUCCAGGUCUCAUCCCUGUCUCAGGUGAAUACUGCUUGGGUUGUGAGCGCCUACAGGAAACUAACCAGACCCUUCAAGAAGAACGUCAAAUUCAUCGUCCUUGUCAGGCCCAGCCUUUGGCUCAAGGCCCUGCUAAAGGUGAUGGGGAUGGUGGUGAAGCAGAAGGCCAGGAGGAAGGUCAAGAUCGUCAGGUUCCUUGAGGACAUGGCCCUGGCCACUGGUGGGGAGGUCUCUGUGGAGCACCUUGGCACAUCGGUGCUCAAGGCGCUCGAACAUGCAAGAGAAGUAGCUGCCGCAGCAUCCUGA